GAAAAACAGUAUUUUUGGAAGGACUUGGGAGGAUAGAUUAUGUAGAGGGGCAAAAACCAAUUCGUAUUACUGUGUUUAGUAGAUUAAAACCUCAUCUUACAUCUAUAAGACGCGCAGACGAGAUAUGUCAGUCUAUGGCAGUAGGUGAUCAAACAUUUUUACAACCACCAAUAUUUUCAUCAAAAAGAAAGGAAUUUCCAGCAAUGAUUAAAGGAUUAAAAAAAUAUGCGAUGAAAGGUAUAUCAGGAACAAUGAGUAUUAAAGAUAUAGUAUUUUCAGGAGUUGGUUGGGUUUCAGUUGGUGGCAUGUUUGAUAAGGCUGUUAUUGAUGUUUGGUCACCUAAUGGAAUGGGAAUUUAUAUUAGAGAUAAACCUUUAUUGCCUUUUGAAUUUAAGGGUAGAUAUGAAAGCCCUAAGCUAUAUUAG